ACAAUACACAUUGGUUUCUCGCGUCUUGUUCGGUAUGCUCGCUUGUGUUUCUGCUUAAAAAUGUAAGUGAUGAUGAUUGAAUGAGUUGUAUUUUGCAAUUGAAAAAAUAUUUGCUGGAAGGUCACUAUCUUACUAGAAUAAAGUGUUCAAGAAUGGCUGCCAAAAAAAUCCCCAAGCUGACCAGUAGUUUCAUUAGAAAUCGUUCUCAGUCGAUAGCAGCUACUCCCGAUGAGAUAUGUCCACCACAAAUACGAGAUAUCCAAAAGGUCAAACCAUACAACAGCAUCCCAGGGCCGAAACCCAUACCGAUUUUGGGUAAUACGUGGAGACUGAUGCCAAUUGUUGGACAAUAUGACGUUUCCGACAUGGCAAGAGUAUCUCUGCUGCUGUAUCAGGAAUAUGGAAAAAUAGUAAAACUGUCAAAUUUGGUGGGAAGACCUGACCUCCUGUUCUUGUACGACGCAGACGAGAUAGAGAAGAUCUACAGACAAGAAGGUCCUACACCUUUCAGGCCAUCGAUGCCAUGUUUGGUCAAGUACAAAAGUGACGUGCGAAAGGAGUUUUUCGGGGAGUUGGCAGGAGUUGUAGGGGUAAUGCUGGAAAUGAAGGACCAAAAUGAUGAAAUGCCUGGGGAUUUUGACAACGAAAUUCAUAAAUGGGCACUAGAGUGUAUAGGAAGAGUUUCUUUGGAUGUGAGGUUAGGAUGUUUGGAUCCUAAUCUGUCACCUGAUUCAGAACCUCAGAAGAUAAUAGACGCUGCCAAAUACGCGUUACGUAAUAUCGCACUGCUGGAGCUAAGAUUUCCAUUUUGGAGAUACUUUCCCACAUCUUUGUGGACGAGAUAUGUGAAAAAUAUGGAUUAUUUCAUCGAAAGGAAGUCUUUCAGUGCCAGAUUAUUUAUCAUCCAACUUUUUUUGCAGAUAUCUAUGGCUGUCUGCUCUAUUCUUUACCAAUUAGCAACUAGGCCGGACGAACAAGAGAAGUUGUAUCAGGAGUUGAAACAAAUUUCACCUGAUCCUGCGGAACCACUAAAUUCCAGGAAAAUGGAGGAAAUGGUUUAUCUAAAAGCCUUCGUUAAAGAAGUAUUCCGAGUCUACUCUACUGUUAUUGGAAAUGGAAGGACUCUUCAAGAAGACAUGGUUUUGAUGGGUUAUCAAGUACCCAAAGGGGUGAGUAUUUCGAUCAUAUGUAGGUUUUCAUCAGACUUUCAGGUUUAAGAAGCCGAUCAGUUCCGCCCGGAAAGAUGGCUGAAACAGGAAAGCGGAAACUUUAAAUUUCACCCCUUCUCCUCCCUACCGUACGGAUAUGGUGCCAGGAUGUGCCUGGGAAGAAGAUUCGCUGAUUUGGAAAUUCAAGUGCUUCUAGCUAAACUCAUUCGUUCAUACAAACUGGAAUUCCACCAUAGCCCCCUGGAUUAUAAAGUGACUUUCAUGUAUGCACCGGACGGAGAGUUACGUUUAAAAAUGAUUAAAAGAGAUCUUUAGUCAACUCCAAUCAAAGUAAUAUUCACUAGAAGACGAAGACUACCAGAAGUCGGUGAUUGGAGAUUGUGAUGAAAUCGGCUGAUACUUGAU